AUGCCCCAGUCGACGACCAAUAAGCAUAAAGCAGCCGCAAAGCUGUGUGGUUCACAACAGCUCCCGUUGGAUUCCACCGCCAGUAUGGCAAGUGAUUCGAGACUUUCAACCUUAGCGAUCGGCAGUGGGCAUGGAACCAGUGUAGCACCGAGAUCUAGACCGAAACCAACGCAACAAACUUCGACAACUCCGUCGAUGGGGCUCACGCUUGCCGCCGUGUCGUUGAAUCCCUCACCAAAAAACGUCAUCUCGCCAAUUCCUGCGGCUGUUAUAGAUUGUGACAAGUUUGUGGUCAACUUUGAUGAUAAAUUUCUCGGCGCCUCGAUUCCGAGAAACAGCCCAAUUGUAACGGAAAUCGACACAACUAGUUUUAAGUUUACCGUACCUUCAGCAACUGUUUCACCUGCCACUAUAUUGUCGCCAUUUGAGCAAGAUUCGAUGUCUACUUCCACCACAAUGUCUAUUCGUCCACGGCCAACGGUGUUGUCACAUUCGCAACAGCACAUUUUGAGCAAUUCAAACAGUGAAAAAUCGCUCGUCUCUCCUUUGUCAGGCUCAUCAACGUGGAAUCCAUUUGGGGAUGCAUCUCCCUUUAGUCCCAUCUCAACGCUAACGGAAGAUCAACUGUUUGGCGCAGAAUUUGAUAAGUUACGUCUUGAAGGCAGCCAAACUUCUAUUGUGACUUCACCAGAGGAGAUGAAAUCCGAUCGUUGCAUAUCAUACUGGGGAUCCCAACGCCGAUCCUUAUCUCAGGCCAUUUCCACUGGUAUGAUUGCAACAAACGGAGGCUUAUCGGGGAAAGAUUUGUUGUCACUUGAUGAAGACCCCUUCGGUUCUGCUCCAUUCACGCUUCCAAAGCGUUUUAAACAGAAAAGUGGAUCGUCCAAACUGGCCUCUAAAAUAAGUGACCGUUGGCGACAUGCCGUUGGUAGCGGCCAUGGCGGAGGCAAGGAGAGUUUGAUAGAAAACACUCCUACGGAACCAUACCGCAACGGCAUUGAUGUUGGAACGGGUAGUAAUCACAAGGAGAUUGCCAUCGACAAAUCAGUGCUCGGACCAAAGAAUCUUAAACUAGACGAUCUUAUUAGCAGCGGUGAAAAAGGAUCACCUAGUUUCAUAAAACUUCCAUUGGAUGAUCGCAACAAGUACGAAAAACUCAAUUCCAACGACAUUACAUCGGAUGAUAGCGAUUCCGAAUUUUACGUAGAGUCCAUCGGAUCUAUUUCCGCUACCGCCGGUGGUAUGGUCGGUGGAGGAGGUGUUUCGGGAAUCGGGCACUUGCACAACAGCACUAGCAGUGGUUGUUCAAGUGCGAAAAAGCAAAGCUUUAAACAAUUUGUGGAGAGCAACAUUCCUGAAAAAUUGCAGGCAGUGUAUCAUAAGGUGGACAAGGGCCAAAUGAAAAAUGUACAGCUAGUGAAAAAACUGCGUAGCAAAGUAAUUCAAGCAAGCAAAGAACCUACGACAAUCGCGGGAAGAUCAGUCAAGGCUGAUAAUAAGCGCCAGGGGAAAAAGAACGGUAGUCGACAAGAGCCAAACGCCCCUGAUAUUGCCUCGGAUGAUGAUUCAAUCGGUUCGGCAUCAGAUCUCCGCGCGAAUGAUGAUUUUCCUGAAGGCGACGAGCCAGCCAUUAAAGCUCCAGCGAAUGGUCCAACACGCAGAAAGCCAUUCAACCGGGGAACUUUUGGUGGUGAAGGAAGUGUCGAUGAUUGCAUCAGCGAGAGCAUCAAAACGUGCGGUUCAAGUGCCUACCAUGCUGAAUGUGAAAGUGUUACUACAAACGAGGACAAUACGAGCCGAGUAGUGAUGCGGGUGCGUGUUAAAAAACGAGAACAUGUUGAUUCAAAGCACAGCGUUAUCGAUGAAGACGACUCUGCUGAAGAUGAUAUGAUUCAGGGUGAGAAACCGCUUCUGUUGGACGAUGAAUUAGAUUAUGAAUCGGCUGCUGAGAAUAACACGAGCGGCGAAGAAAUCCUAAUGGAUCCAUUCACGCCCGAGGAUGAAAAUUUGCCCAUAAAGCAAGAAUGUCUAGAUGAUGAUGAUGCAGACGCUGAGUUAGAUCCGUUCGCCUUGGCACCUUUUCGGAAACCGUUCGUAUCGAAGCGCAAUAGUGGCACUAGAUUUAUACCAGAAGUACAUUCCAUUCCGGAACACUGUGCUGCUGGAGGAGUAGACUUCUUGCCACAAGAAUUCAUGGCGUCGACGCCGAUCAAAUCAGCUGGUUCGAACGUUGAGGCCACAUCUUCAAUGUGCGGUGAUUUUUUUAAUCGUAAUACUGAUACAACACCUCAGCCCACAACGCCACAACGUGAAACAUCCCCUAGCGCUCGUAGGGAUCUUUUUGAUUUGGAACCGUUUCCCGCGACGCCAAUUGCCCCGAUCAUCGUACCUGUGGUUUCGCUUGGAAUUGCUGCAUCAACAUCCCCGGUGAUAGUUUCACCACCGAUACCAACGAUAGUUAAUGCAGCAACACAAUCCUCAAAAACCCCAAUAACAACUGCUCAGGAAACGCUAGUCUCACGGAUCACACACGAAUCUGGUGGUGUGACUUUGACUCACAUCAUACCUCACACAACCUCAUCUGGUGCAAAUAUCUCUUUUAUGCCAGUCCUGUCAUCUGCUGCAACCACGUCGCCUUCACCACCAUCCAUCCUAAUUGCUAAUCAAAACCAGCAGUUAGUUGCUCAUCCUAAAGCGCACUACAGCAACCAUUAUAAUAUAGCAGGGUCCCAGCAGUCAAUGUCAGCAAGACAGACUUACAUAAACUUCAGCCAAAUUCCAUUGCAAAACGUUAAUUGUGUGACACCAGAUAACAACUAUGUUAAUUUCUGUCCAGAUGGCGAAGAUGACGACGAUGUGCGUAAUCUCAAGUCGGACGAUUAUGACGACAACAGUAGCGACGUGGUUGUGAAGGUUUCGUCCAAAGGAUUUUUGACCAAAAAGCAGAAAGUGAAGUAUAAUCAUUUGCAAGAGAAAAGCAGCUCAACCGUUAGUCACGAAGAACUCACCAGCACGCUCGGGCAAAAAAUGAAAGCUAACGUCAGUGGAUAUCGUAAGGCUGUUUUAGAUAGUGGCAUAGGGAACGUUGGAAAGAGUAAAAAAGACGAUUCGUCAAAACAACACAAAGGAAACACCAAAGCUGGCUCCAAAACAAUGGGAUUCAGUAAUAUGAGCUUUGAGGACUUUCCUUCGGAUGAACUGGCGGACGAAGCUACAGGAGCAGCGGAUGGUGCACGCUUAACGACGGGAAUCGUCAGUGGAAAACUAAUGAAAAUGGCACCAUUUGAAGUCAUUCGCAACGAAAAGAUGCUUCUCGAAGCGGAGAAAAAGUUCGGCUCAUUAAAACGUCGUAGCAAUCCGUUUUCCUGAUUGUACACCGAAGGAUACAAGAAAAGAAAGUGAAGAAUAGCAGCUAUAUGUUCCUAAUGUAAGGCUACCAACGAAUUAAUUUAUUUAGACUUUAUUCUGUACAAUUUACCAUGCUUUGAUGUCGGACCAAUCGGCUGCUGUAGCACGAUUUCAAAUCCUCAAAGUGGAUGUUGUAGUUCGCAUUGAAAUUCAUUGAGUAUUGAUCAAAAAUUCUGUAAGAAAUAAAUAGCAUGUUUACAAUUCUUAAAAAGAAGGCAUGGCAUGCACUGAACCAAGAGACUGGACUGCUUCGUAAUGUUGAGUGAAAAUUAGUACUUUCAAGUUAGCGAAUACAUAUGAACGCGCACCGUAAGGAAUUUCACCAGAUUCGAAUAGCACACACUAUGAGAAAGAGCACAUACUCGUUUCUUAAGGUAAUAUUAUUUUUCAAAACAUAACUGACACAUA